AUGGGUAUUGGUUCCUUCAUCUUAAUCAUUGCCUGCGUUGUAACUUUGGAAAGCCGAGAUAAACAUGCACAGGUGAUCACGGAAGAAUCAAUGUCAUUCAAGCGAAAACGACUUAUGUCAAUCGAGGAGCGAGCCGAAUUGUCGGCAAAUGAGGUUGUGCUAAGCAAAGACUCUCCGAUCACUCCUACUGAAGUUUCUGAAGUUCAAACAACGAACCAGUUCAGCAUAAAUACUUUGGCUGAGGUUCACCGCCCACGCAUUUCUUCUAAUGCUCCGCUAGCGGAAAUGGACUCCCUGGUAAAUUUUUAA